AUGGCUGAACAAAACGUGGCGGAACAAAACAUACAUGCUCGGGCCGCUGACCAGCAGGACUGCACUGGUAGUCUAAAAGCAUACUACAAGCUCACAGAAUCUUUUGACAAGUAUUUAAAGACCCUUGACAUAAGCGCCUCGGCGACUGUAUCUGGUUGGGGCCAAAGUGCAUCUGUGUCAGGCAGCUAUCUAGAUCAGGCCGAGCUGUCUAAGGAUGGCUUAACAUACGUAGCUAUAAUCGACGUUCAGAGACAGUCGGAUUCUAACAGCGGAUUCGAAUUCAAUAAAAAGAACUACAAUGGGGCAACAUUUGCUCAGGACUAUGGCGAUCGAUGGAUUCGUGGCUUCCACACGGGUGGGAAAAUGAUUGCUCGGCUGUCCUUUGAUAGCAAAGGAUCUGUUAGCAAGGAUGAGUUGAAAGUACACGCCGAGGCUUCAUUAAAGUUCUGGGGAGUUAGCGGGGAUCUCAGCGCAUCAGUCAAGAAGAGCAUGGAAGAUUUUAUUAACAAUGCCUGCCGACACAAUUACGAGUACCGGCCCCUUCUCGACGAAUAUAGAAAUGCCGACAACUUUCCCAAGGGUCAAAAGAUACUUGACUACCGCAUUGCGCAUCUAGUGUCUUACAAAGUUUUAAGGGAACUCGUCCGAAUCUCGGAAAUGUCGCAGUAUCUGCAACGUCUCGAAUUGCAUGAGGACGAGCUAAAAGACGACAUUGAGUUUGCCAGUCUUGAGAUGGUAGAAGCAAGUAAGAAUUGGGUUGACUCUAAUGCCGAGAAGCCGGAGAGUGCUAUACAGACGGGAAGGGACCUCAUCAAAAAAUUUAGAACGGAUUUUUAUGAUAAGUACGAAAAUCUUAUGCGCCACGACGUCUAUAUAUCUGGUGUGGAGGUGAUAUACGGCGACCAACCACCAGCGACUCGGGUCCUCGAGAUCUUACAUCACAUCGAGGAUAUUAAUCAUAACAUGGGUGGAGAGUUUGUUUGGCUUGUUCCAAUCUAUACCGCGCGUCGCGAUGAAGCUUGCACUUCUUUUAAGGUAAUCAUCCAGGACGGGGGACUUGCCGGGUUCAAAGAUCUCUCAAAGGGUGCAGGAGGCAAGAACCGGUAUCUCCAGUGCGAAAAGACUCCAUCGGAAGACAAAAUCCGACGAUUGGCGCUGGUUCGAGGACUUGAAAACGCUCAGGAUUAUCUCGAUGAACUUGACCAUGGCUUCCGGGGCAAAACGGAAAAUAUAAACGAGGGGCGUGGGGAUUCGAACGAUAUAUUGCAUCUUCUGUGGGCAUUUGAUGGCAAACGAGACGAAGCUUCAAAAAAGGACGUGCGGGAUUUCUAUAACGUGCCGGUGGUAAAUUAG